AUGAACGCUGCAACAGAGCAGCCAACGAAGGAUGCUAAGGAUGAUGUUUCAGCAAUGCUGUCUGACAACAAGCCCGACGAGCCAGAGACAAAGGACGAACGCAGAAAACGAUUGCACCGCCGAAACAUGCGGUACUACCGGAGUUUGUCGAGUCCGAAUUGUCCCAAGGAGAUUGCUUCUUUGGCUGCCAAAUGCAAGGGGAAUUCCUCCCAGAGAUCCUACUUGUUUGAGAACUGGCUGCUUUGCGACGGCAACUGGGCCAAGUCCUCUCUCCUGGCAAAGCUAAAAUCCAGAAAUCGCAACUCCCGACGAGGCCUCCGGAAAUGGAUGACAAGGGCUGAAAUGCAGGAAAAAUGGGGAGAAACAAUCACCCAGUGCAUCAUCGAGGCGAAAGAGUCUGAUGAAGAAAGAGCCAAGAGCGAGAUCCGCAACCACCCCGAAUGCCCCUCCAACAAGGUGAUGAUCCAGUACUUGUGCCUCCAUGAUGAUACGGAGGAGAGGUUGGACGAAGAGGAGCUUGAGAAUGUCCUCGAAGUGUCCUUGGGUGACAGCUCGGAAGACUCGGGGUCAAGUAGCUCGCCGCAUGAUGCAAAGAAAAAGAAAAAGAAAGCUGGCACAAAGAAAGGCAAGUCACCAAAGAAAAAGCCUAAGGCAAAAGGAAAAGCGAAGGCUGCGCAGAAGAAGCCGAAGUCAACUGGCGAGGAUGCUAUGUGCAUGCCUGGUGCUAGCAAGUACGUAUACAAUUGUACAUGUUAA